AGGCGGAGCUACAGUUAUAAACUCACGUUGCACUCUAGGCAAUCAAAUGUCCACAACAAGAGAAACAUAAGGCUUGUUUUCACAAGUUAAGCCUCAUUUCGUACACGGGACUUAACGAGAAGCGGAACCUAAAGAGAAGUACCUUUGGGUUUUGACUUUCCUUCAUUUAAUCCGGUGGCUCUGUCCUGCUUUCAGUAACUGCGCAGAAGGACUUCCCAUCAGACUGAACUCGAACAAACUAGACUGCCAGAGAAGAUUCACCAUGGGUAACAAACGGAAAGCAUCCAAUGAGUUCGACAAAGAUUCAGAUGCCAGUUCAGGAUAUUUCAGUGCUUUGGACCAAACAGACUUUGAAGACAUGGGACCGCGCAGCACUGCCUUACACAGGAUGAAGACGUGUCGACAGGUGCCUUUUAUUCCUGGCACACAUCCAGGCAUCUCUCCUAUGAUCGUAAUGAAAAACUUUCUCCUCAAGCAGGCUAACUCUGUGGCUCCUGCAUUAAAACCUUGGACCUUAAACCCUUCAAUAGAUGUGGUUCCUCAAUCUCCACUUCUCUUCCUCCAGCCAGUCAUUCCCACUGGUGACUGCACCCCCCAAAGAUCUGACAAGCAGAAACAUUCCAGAAGGCAUGUUCCCAUGCAAAGCACCUUUCCAAAGAUUGCCCCACAUCCUGCACAAGGGUUUGCAGUCGACCUGGCUCCCAGUGCCAUCAAUAAGAAGUCAAACCACAGCCACAGUGGAAGACAUCAACAGCACAGUCAUGGUGAUAAAACUUUCCAGAGUUCCACUUUGAAGCACGAUGAGACAUUUGAUGGUUAUAGUGUUGACACCAAUGCUGUCUCUUGGGGAGAAGUCAGUCAAACUGUCCCAGACAUGAGUGAGGAAAACUCCUCAUCCAAGCUUUCUGAUUCUCAGGAGCCUCAUACCACUACUUCACCAUUCUCGCUUUGCUCUGACUCGUUCCUCACUUCAUCACCUCAAAAGUGUCCCAAUACAACAGUCACCGAGAGUAGUGAUGCAGAGAACAUCUCAGAGGCCCACUCUCCAAGCUCUUGCAAACGCAAGCGCUUCUGCAACACAUACAAUAUUUUGAAUCGGUCAGGGUUGCUGGGCAUCACACUGCGUACCAAGGAGCUUAUUCGACAAAACAAACGUUCACAGGCCCAACUUAAGAGCCUUCAAGCUCAGACUGACCUCUUUUUGGAGGCCAUUUGUAGCGGAGACCCCAAAGUCUGGACCAGAUUGCAGCUAACCCUCCAGAACUCUGGAGACGGCGAACUGAAGGCGAUGGAAUCAUUGGUGGACUCUGUAAGGGAUGCAGGAGCAGACAACACAUCUGAUGGUUGUGUGGUGUAGUGGAAGGUCAUUUACUUGGCAGAUUUAGUCAUGGAUCAUUUAGAAUAUAACUUGACCAGUUUCUUACUCUUUUCAGUUGGAAACAUCAAAGAAUCUUGUUUAAAGGUAGUUGUAACUCCAUGUGUCUCUAUUUUGAGAUCAAUUAAGACCUAAAGAUGCCAUGGGCAUUGUGCUAUUUUGAUUUCAGAUUUGUUUUCAGAUUUGGCUAGUAUUUAAGUUAUAAUUUAUUUGUUCAGAGUUGCUUAUGCAGCAGCAGUGAAAGUGACAAAGAAAAUCAGUUCUGCACAGUUGGGUGGCUUCUAAACUGUGUAAAUACACACAACUUAUAAAAAUAAUUUAUGGGCCCAAAGUUUGGAGAAUGAUAUAGCUGCAGACAGAGCUCCAGAAAGGGGUGGGAGCUCCAAACCACCAGCAAAGCUAUAGGGAGCCCCUAACCUAACCCUUUCCCUGACCCUAACUGUGAGUGGAAGUGACGCCCCUUUUCGGAGUUGGCGCAACCCCCCUUUAGAGUAACCCGGCCCCUUCUGAAAUUACCCCACCCUCUUUUGGAUAUUCUGCCCCAUUUAGAGAUCUCCAGCCUGCAGCUAUACCUACUUGAAUGUUUAGACAAACUGGCUAAUGAAACCAUAUCUAAUAAUGCCUUUGACUAAUCACAAAGAUUAUUGUUAACGAUGUAUUUGUUAGCAUUCGUUAAUGCAUUAGGUAUCAUGAGCUAACAAUGAACAAUAAUCAUAUACAACAUUUAUUAAUAUUGGUUCAUUAAUACAAAUACAACUGUUUAUUCUAACAAUUCAUAAUGCAUGAACUAAUGUUAACAAAUACAACUUCUAAUAAAAAAACAAUUAAACAAUAUUAAUAAGUGCUUAAAAAUGUAUUGUUUGUAAACUAAUGUAGUAAGAUGAUGUUAGUAAAUACAUCCUUAUUGUAAAGUUUUACCCAUUGAUGUUAAGAGGAUUAUACAUGUGCACAAUACUCAUCAAAUGCUUUUUAACUUCAAAAUGUAAAAUUCUCAAAUUUUAUAAAGUGCAUAUUUGAAACUUGUAAGAAUUUAUUUGAACUUAACAUUAUUUGUAUGUAACGGCAAGCCAAGUUACAUUAUUACUUUGUUCUCAAAUGAAUCUCCAAUAGUAAAUAUUCUUGUUACUGGUAUUUAGUUUGGUAAGACCAAUGGACUUUGAGAGUAAGAGUAUAACUUUUGUGUAGUUCAGGGCAUAUUUGAAAAUCGCAUUUGUGUGGUGAUUUUUCUUUCUUGCCUUGUUCUUCUUAUGGUAGUGUUUUACAUUUUUUACAAAGAUUGUGAGUUAUCUGAGCAGAUUUACAUUUUUAAUAGUAUAAUUCUGCAGCAAUCUGCUACACUGCAUGCACAAAGACUGGUCAUUGUGUUUUGGAAAGCAGGUUACUAAUAGGCCUUUACAGGAGAGGUCAGGUGUGCUAUUUACUUGUUGUGUAAUGAAUGCAUUAGAUGUGAUAUAUGUGAUAAAAGUGUACAUUUGUUCUGUGAAUUUUACAUUGUUUUUGGGGACCUUUGAGUUGUAUACUGAAAUGUGUUUGAAUUUGCUUGCCACAAUAAAAACACACUGUCUUGAUC